CGUUCAUUUGCAACCAUCUGCCAGUCUUGAGAGUGAAUGAAUGAACACGUUGAACACGUUCGACACGUUGAACACGUCGGGGAAGCUACGAAAGGGAGCGUAUAUAAGUGAGGUUGGGGCAAAAUACUAUAACCACACAAAGAUGCGUAACCAAUUCAGUCGUCCUUGCUGCUAUACAUACACACACACGUAACUUAUGCAUCCACGGGGCACCAGGCAGGCAGGCAGGCAGGCAGGCAUGUGCACUUAAAGCGGUUUACAGGUGCAUCAAUCACGGGUCGACAACCCGAGUAGGAACACCCACUAGCUCAAACAGGGCACUAGCGAUCGGGGCAUCGUACUACAUACACACCACACAACCGUCAAUCCAAUCACACGUCUCCCUUUAGAGGCCACUUGACGGACAGACAGACAGACACGCGUCGAGCAAACAAGACUCCAUUUAUUCAUUUACGGGUAUGCGCAUGUAGCCUGGCUGGCUGGCUGGCUGGCUGGCUGACAAAAUGGUGCCGCCCCAGCUGUACUUAGUCGAUGCAAUCUCGCUCGGUCAGGUAGUCAGGUAUAUAUCUGGCAUUGGUUCGUGGGUGGGGAAGUGGGUGGGGAGGUGGCGGUUCAAACGCUCACAGUGAUCGUAUUGGCGACAGACGGACGGGCAUGAUCUGUUGCAGACGCCACCACACACAAUCGCAUCCUUCAUGACUCGAGACACCCAUCCACCCACCCGCCCCAUCCCCCACUCUCUCUCUCUCUCUGUGUGUGUGUGACUUUCUGUAGGUCCCGUUGUUGUCAUCAUCCGUCACUAGCCAAUCCAGGCACGAAUCGAGGCAGCCAUGCAAUGAACCCAACCAAAAGCAAAAAACGCUCUGUCCUUUCCUUCCUUUCGUCCCCGCCUCCAUCCCGCCGUGCCUCCGUCCAUCUGUCCACCUGUCUGGCCAUUGCAUCACCAGGCCUGCCUCUGUGCGGCUGCGGCGAGCCUCGUACCCAGGACGUCUGGUGCGCACACCCCACCCGCAUCGCCUGUAGUGGUGCCAUUGGGCUGUCCGUGGGACUGGGUGUGGUACGUCAAGGGCGUCAUUUGCCUCUGCUGCUGCUGGUGGUGCUGGUGGUGGUGGUUGGUCUCUGCAGGGAGUGGGGGCGAUGGCGCUGACGCGUUGGUGUGGGUGGUGUUGUCAGGUUCGGCGGCCUCGGACGGCGUGGAUGCCGGAGGGGACGGCAGGGGAUGCACCGGCAACGAAUGCACAUGAUCCAACUUGCGCUUAAGGUAGGUGGAUACAACAGAGACAACAAAGACAGGGAGCGGGCAUCCAUGCAUGUGCGUGACAAUUAUUAAUACGACGGGUGUCGUUUGUACCACAGCCGCUUGUGUGUAGUGGUGCGACUCGCCGCACAGCAACAGCAACAGGGCCCGCGCAUCCUCGUAAGCGCGUUCCAUCACCAACCUACACAAUACAAGACAACACAAAGCAACACAACACAAGACAGCAGAGGUGACUGACGCCUUCAUUAUUGUCUGGCGUGUUGGUGCCGUCUGUUUGCGUUACUUGCUGAACAUGGGUAUGGGUGUUUGUGUGGCCGGUGCGUCCGGCUCGCUGCUCUCCUGCUCGAUCUUGUAACCACACAGAUCAGCAGACUCCUGCAUAUAUUCACACGUACACACAUAAGGUGGUACGUCUGUCUAUAAGGUGGUACGUCUGUCUGUCUGUGAGGUGCCUGCCUGCCUGCCUGACCUCGUGUGCCCAGGCCAGCGUGUAGGAGGCGAGAGGCAUCACCUGGGAGAUGAUAGCAUCACAUGGCCUCCCGCAGUACGUGUGUCAGGCGUCCAUCGUGCAUGUACGUAUGUGUGUAUGUGUGUUGGUAUUGACCUUCCUGAGGUAGUUGAGCUUGAUGGAGUGGAAGUGGAUGGCCUCGUCAAACUGAUACACGUCACGCAGCCCCUCGCAUAUCAAACCUGCCUGCAAUCACACACACACGCACACAAACAGACAGACAUACACCGCACACAUCGGUGUCACAGUGCCUGAAUUGGUUACCAGGUGUGCGAUGAUCCAGUGUUGUGUGAAUAUCUUGACAGCCUCGGUCCACACGGCAUGCAAAUCCUCCAGGUCGUUCUUGUCGCACUCGUCAAGACGCUUGUUGUACCUGCACAAUGCACGCGUACACAUAUAAAGUCAACGUAGCGCACUUGGUUCCUUUGUUCCUUCUCACAGCGAUUCCACGGUGGUGUAGCUCUUGAUGGCAUUGGGGGCGAUCACCGAACCGCACCUGAUCGAUCAGCAGACAUGAGGGACAAAAUAAAGGAAUGGUCGUGUGGCCGCCACAUGCAGACACGUGCCCCCGUCCAUGUUAGGUUUACGUGUCGCAUGGCGUGGCCUCCGUGACGGUCUCCACGUCGGUCGAGUCGUCAACAACGUCCUGAAAGGUUGUCGUCCCUGACAUGACAACAGGGGUUUAAGGUUCCAUGUGUACAUACUGCUGAACGUCUUGUGUGGGUGACCUAUGUUGCAGUUGGGACACCUGAACCCUCUCGCCUCGUCCCGAGGCAUCACACACCGACUGAAGCAAGCAAGCAACCAAUCAAUCAGUCAAUCAAUCAGUCGACCAGCACACAACCAGAGAUGAGUAUGCGGACUCGGUUCUUCCUGCAGGUCCCUGCCUACUCGCAUCUGCAGAUGAACCGCCAUCCCAGCAACUUCUCACGACGCACUGAUAUACGAAACAGCCAACUAGGGCGCAAGUGGCCCAUCGCUCUCUUCCUCCCCUCUCUGUUGAUGCGUAUGAUGUGUGUUCGCUGACUGUCAGUGGAUUUGAUGAGGUCGUCGUCGCCGAUGUAUGAGAUGGUCAGCUCGUCGCCCUCCUUCAACGCCACACGAGACCCUUCACACAUGCGCACAUACACGUGGAAAUAACACAUUCAGUUCUCGGGGGUUUGGUAUGGCAUACGCAAGACGUAUGCAUCGUUGUCGCCGUAGAGCCAGCAGCACGACGCCGCGCACGAAUGGGCCAUCAGAGACGUGCCUGCACUCAUAACACACAGCACACCCCCUGCCGAAACAUGCUCACACGCACAACAGAAUCCCCCUCUCCCCUGUACACUCACGGUUGUACAGCACGAGCCCUUCAGCCUCCGUGUGAUGACCUGACCGCACAACACGCGAAAACGCACAUGCGGGAAGGAAAAGACCACUUCCCUCCCUCCUCCCUCCCUCCCUCCCUCCCUCUGUCUGUCCCUUUGGAUGUACCGAAUGAGUUGUAUCUCCAUACGAUGAGCAUCUUCUGGUAGUGCAGUGGGUGGAUUGGGGUCUGGCUGCCCAACUCGUACCCAUAGCACGUCCAAGGCUUCGUGCGGCCCUCCCCUGUCUCGCACAGGUGCACCCAUGCCUGCAACUGAUCAUCCUUCCGCCGGGCCCCUCCUGCCAGCUUGCUGCUGCUGCUGAUGCUGGCGGCGCUGCCCUUGCGUGUGGGUGAGGCGUCGAGGGGGCACAGCUGCAGACGCUCCACCACUCGCAGGACGUCGGGCGACGGCUCGGCAAUCUCAUCGGGGUCUGACCCAGACGCAUGCAUACAGACAUAUAUGCACGCAUUCUCACACCCGGCCAAUGUCUGUGUGCGUGAUCUUCUGCACGUAUCGUACCUGGGAUGCAUUUAUCGAAGCACUUGUGCAGGUCGCGUUGUGACAUGUACUGGAGUGAGUAGAGUGCGGCAAAGUGCCAUAUGGGUGGCAGCUCGAGGGGCUUGUCCUCGUUGACCUUGACCAACUUGUCCCACAGCUGGGCAUCCAGCGAAGGCAGCGCCACCAACAACGGCUCCUCCUUGUACACCACCGUACCCGGCGCUAACGCACGACGCGUGAACAGACACCCUGCAGACAUUCACAAAUCCAUCCAUCGAGCCAUCGAUCGGAUGCAGGCAUGUGGUGUAUUAUAAGUCGUCCCUGGGUGUCUUACUUCCUUUGCCUUCGACCCGCCUGACCUCGACGGCCCUGUCGAUCUGCUCGUCGCUCCAGUUGGAGGGCGUGUCAUCCAUACAGCCACCACCACCAACGGACUGGCUUAGACUGUCGCCCGAGGCCCCCAUACUCUCACUCUGGCGGCCGGCUGGCCCAUCAUCCCCUGACGCACUGCUCGCCUGCACACGGUGGCCAUGCUGCUCCCGCUGAUGACGGCGCUGCUGGUGAUGACUUCCUCGCCCACUGCCCAGUUCGCGAACUGUCGUCCUGGAUGCGACCUCCACGGCACCGUCACGUGCACCGCCAUACUUCACCUUCAUUGAGUCAUUAGAGCGGCGGGUCGAGUCUUAGAUAAAACUCUGUGCGUGAGCGACAGACACUCCGGCGAGUCUUAAUACAUACACCUCUGGACCUUUGACAUUGCAGAAUCC